AUGUCUAUAACAAAUGAGACAAGUUUGAGGGAUAGACAAAUAGCAUGCAUUGAGAGGAUGUUGAUGUUCAACAAGGAAACAUCUUCGUCAGAUUUAACUUCUGGAUUAGAUGGCCAAGAAAUGGUAUGGAAGGUUCUGGUUCUUGACUCUAAAAGUACGGCCAUUGUUUCUUCGAUUCUUCGCGUCAACGAUCUACUGAAAUCCGGAGUCACUGUUCACAGCCUUAUCCAGCAGAAAAGAACCCCACUUCCCGACGUUCCUGUGGUGUAUUUCGUACAACCUACGCAGGAAAAUAUCAACAUCAUUGUUGAGGAUUUGAAGGAAGACAAGUAUGCCGAAUUUUAUGUGAACUUCACUUCCACACUCAAUCGAGAAUUGUUGGAAGAUUUUGCGAAGCAAGUCUCAGGAACUGGAAAAUCAGCCAAAAUCAAGCAACUGUAUGAUCAAUAUUCAGAAUUUGUAGUCACCGAACCUGACUUGUUUUCAUUGGAGAUAAAGAAUACAUACCGCCAAUUCAACGACCCUCAGGCUAAUGAAAGUCAGAUCACAAGUAUUUGUGACAAUGUAGCCGAUGGAUUAUAUGAUGCAGUUAUGACCAUUGGCUCAAUUCCAGUAAUCCGCGCUCCAAAAGGCGGUCCAGCCGAAAUGGUGGCCCAAAAACUCGAAAGCAAGCUUCGUGACUAUGUUAUUAACACUAGAGCUAACUCUACAAGCGCCAGUAGCUCUUUAGAAAGAUUUGUUUUGGUAAUUCUCGAUAGAAAUAUUGACUUGGCAUCUAUGUUUGCGCAUUCAUGGAUUUAUCAAUGCUUGGUUUUCGAUGUUUUUAAAUUGACUAGAAACACUAUUACCAUACCAUCGAAGGGAGAAGAUGGUCAAGAAAUCCAGAAGAAGAUGGAUAUCGAUCCUAAAGAUUUUUUUGUGAACGCAAAUGCCCAUUUGCCUUUCCCUGACGCAGUAGAAAAUGUCGAAGCUGCGCUUGCUGACUACAAAGCUCAGGCAGAAGAAAUCACUAGAAAAACAGGCGUAAGCGAACUUAGCGAGUUAGACCCCAGUUCAAACAAUGAUACUUUACAAAUUCAAGAAGCUGUCAACAAGUUACCAGAAUUGACUUCUAGGAAAGCAAUUAUCGAUACGCAUAUGAGUGUUCUAGCAUCCCUUCUUUCACAACUGGAAAGUAAGGGUUUAGACUCGUUUUUUGAGAUUGAGCAAGGUCAAGAUUCACCAAAGUCCAGGCAAAGAUUUUUAGAUACUCUUAAAGAUGGCAAAACCACUAACCUUGAGGACAAACUCAGAACGUUUAUUAUUCUGUACCUGGCGUCACCUAGUGGUUUACCUGCUGACUUUGUCAAGAAAGUUGAGAAGUAUUUCAAUGACCAAGAAUAUGACAUCGGAGCAUUGAAAUAUGUCUACAAAUUGCGGGAGAUUAUGAAACUGUCAAAUCUAUCAUUUCAAAACAAGUCUUUAGAAAAUGGUCAUAUCGACAACAAGAAUGAUAACGCAAACGCUAACUCAUCUUUACUGUUAUCCGGUCUUUCUAACAAGCUUUACGGUCUUACCGAAGGUAAAAUCCAGGGUGGUGUCGGAUCUUUAAUUUCAGGAAUAAAGAACUUUUUACCCGAGAAGAAGACGAUUCCUAUUACCAACUUAGUAGAAGCGAUCAUGGACCCCUUGAAUAGUUCACAGAAAAAUUUGGAAUCCACGGAUGAAUAUCUAUACUUCGAUCCUCGUGUGAUCAGAGGAUCGCAUACCAAGAAACCAAAAAGGCAAUCGUAUAAUAAGUCUUUGGUAUUUGUAGUUGGGGGUGGAAAUUACCUUGAAUAUCAAAAUUUGCAAGAAUGGGCACAUUCUCAACAAGGGAAUGCGAAAAGUGUUGUAUAUGGAAGCACUUCGAUUACAACGCCCACCGAUUUCCUACAAGAGAUCUCCAGUUUGGGUUAA